UGGUACAAAAAGAGAGUGUAUGAAAUGGUUAAUAUGUGAAGUGGAAAUAUGACAACGUUACCUCACUUGGUGGGAAAUAUUGUAGAAAUAUUAGAUAUUGAAGCAAUAGAUAAAGAUUAAUAAGAUUAAUCUGUAACAGAAGAUUAUGCAACGAUUUCUGGUAAAGGUGUGGUAAUUAACACUACAACAAGAUAGACAAUUUUUUUUGCCACUUACAGGAUUAUUGAAUGCAUCUUAAUUGAAACCUGCUGAAUUGAUUAGAGUAAAUAAAGAUGGAUAUAUGUUAUAUGAAAAAAUACCAACUGAAUAUGAUGCAAGAGGUUUAUGAAAUGAAUUAAUAAAUAGUAAAAACUAUGGAAGUAGAUGAAAAACCCUAAGAAGGUUAUAACGAUAUAGAUGGAUUAGAUAAAUAAAUUGAAGAAUUAAGAGAAGCUAUUGUUUUACCUAUUGUUCAUAAAGAGAGAUUUAAAAAUAUUGGUAAUAGGUAAUAAAUAUAAUAUUAUUAUAUUUAAAUAGACCACCUAAAGGUGUACUGAUGUAUGGACCACCUGGAACUGGUAAAACAAUGAUGGCUAGAGCAUGUGUGGCUUAAACUAAAGCUACAUUUUUAAAAUUAGCUGGACCUUAAUUAGUUUAAAUGUUUAUGGAGCUAAAAUGGUUAGGGAUGUAUUUUAAUUGGCUUAAGAAAAAGCACCUGCUAUUAUAUUUAUUGAUGAAUAGAUGCUAUUGGAACUAAAAGAUAUGAUAGUGAUAAAAAUGGUGAUA